UCAAAGUGAAUUGAAUGAAAUGUCAAAAAUGGAAAGUUGUUUCGACAAUUUUUGCUAAAUUAUUUCGAAAACCCAAUUUUAAAACAAUAAAUUAUGCAUAAAAACAUCAAUAUAUUGCUAACCCGUGGUAGUCUAACGUAAAUAUUUUAUGUACCGUGCGUUAUCACAACAAUAGAUGUCAAUAAAGUCUGUUUUUGCGUGUACUAUGUCAUCCAAAAUGGCAGGGAAGACGAAGAACUUGUGUUUGGACAUUAGCUGAUGUGAGAUGCGAAUAAUAGUGAAUAGUUACCAUUGACAGUGUUGUGUGGGUGUGAGUUGAACGCGGAAAUGCGGACAUAGCGUGUACAAUGGGUUCGCAGACUUUGGAGAUACUACGCCAGGGUAUUUGGGCAUCUUUGACUGGUGGAUGGUUCUACGACCCUCACCAGAACCUAUUCUGCAACACAGUACACCUGUAUAUUUGGCUGUUCCUGCUAUGUCUCCCGUUUUCUGUUUACCUGUACUUUCCGCCGGCAAGCCUUGGCUGGUUGAUCUACUGUGCUCUGGUGGCCGUUCUCUUCACCGCCCUUAAGCUGAUCAACCACGGUCUGCAUCACAUGUACGACACUAACGAGCUCAUUGUGGUGCAGUCGACAGACGAAACCGGGAAUUCUAAUGAAAACACCGCUCUGUUGUCGUGCCGCAGGGCGGACGCGGGGCUGGAGCUGCAGACGCUGGCGCCGCACAGCGACAACGACUCCGUCAACUCCUUCGAGUACCACAAGCCCGACAACAGCACCAUAGAUUUAAAAGUGGACGUUCAUCGUAAGAAUAGUUCAGAGUCAAGUGUGGAAGACAGUGCGAUGUCAGCAAAACAGCCGGAACCUGUGGCUACGACCAAAUCCGAUCUAUGCGUAGUUCAAACUACAGAGGUCGCUUCAGGUCCAUCGAAAGCCCGUCCAACGAGAAACCGGUCGAAGUCCGGCCACAGGAGGGAACACAGGGUUAAAGUCUGCCGAGGGCACGGACGAAUCGACGAACUGAUCGUCGAAGAGCUGAGGAGUCCGAGAAGAGAGGCCAACGUGCCGUUACACGUGAUCGCAGACGAAGGCUCCUUCGCGAAAGUUAGCAGACGAUACCACGAGUGCCCACAUCGACACGGUUCAAGCAACAGGGACUUCUUUAAAGAAUGGCUUUACUUAGAUGGCACAGUCGCGGUCGGGGAACCUUACCAGUCGAAAUAUGCGCGCCAACUUAGUUCCGACUCCAGAGAUAAUUCAGAACCGAGCGUGGGACCACCUUCGCCGAAGAAAAGGAUAGCGCAACGACGAAGAUACACGAACUACCAUGACGAAAGUUGCACGAAAUCCGCGAUGGCCUUAGCGACGGCACAAUCAUCAAACAUGAGGAGGAAUUCCAAUUCAACAAUGUCCACUAUACAGUUGCCAUUACUAAACUCUACAGCCCAACUAGUCUCUCACAUGAGAAGGCAUUCUAACAAUGCAGAUACUGGUUUCUUUGCCAGCGUAGAGUUAGGUGAAUAUAUGAUGGUGAAAGCUGAAGCUCCAGCGGGCGAUGCCGAGAAGAAUAAAGGCAAAAGCCCCGGCGUGAGGCGAAUUAAAAGUGCGGCGUUAGAAAUAGGGUGCCCUCCACCGAGUGUUUCAAAUCUGUCGCCCCAUCCCAACAGUGCAGAGACGAUAGGCGGCCAAGUGCUUAAAAAUCCUAAAAGUGCUGUUAUUCCACCACCUAGUAAAUGCUUAACGCGCGGACCCCAUUUGAAUCUGUACCCGAAAACCGAAUCUGGGGAAGGCUGCAGUUAUCCUUACCUCACAUAUGGUUCAGAAAUUGUUUAUCCCAUUGCUGAAAUAUCGGAUGAAAUGCAAACAUCUCAAAAGGAGACUGAUUUGGAUUCCAGUGGAGAUAGUUACAGCGAAUAUGAGGAUGAGAAACAGUUUCGCGGCUUCGACUGGGAAGCUGAACAGUCUCCGGCUAUGCGUUCCAGUGAUUCUGAUUACGAAAACAAUGGCUCUAGGUCACCUUUAUUAGACAAAGUGAACGAUGUUAGAGUAGUACGAUCGAAAAACCAAAUCGAUUGUAAUAAAAAACAAUGCUGCGAUAGGCAUCAAAACACUAAACACUAUGCAGAGUGUCCUAACGAAAAAUCAAAGCCGGUCAGGUUAAAAAAGCUUAUAAAAAACGAAGCACGGCUCGAUAGACUGACGAGCACGUGCGACUGUAAAUAUAACCCGAAUAGCGAAUAUUAUGAUAAAGCGAGUGCUAGUUCAAAAGAUUUUCUAAUAGAGAAAUCGAGUUUAGAAUCGAAUGAGAAUGGAGGUGAAAAAGAACUUGAAAAAAAGCCUAUAAAAAGGAAACUUUGGGACCACGACAUAUCCAACACGAGUAGCAGCAGUAGUGAGAUGGAAAGACCGGAAGAUGGCGGCAAGUGUGAAAAAAGUAAUGCGCCUGAAACUGAGGAGUCACAACUAACAUGUGACAGUAAAAGUGCAGAUGAAAGAAGUGUAUACAGUUUGGAUUGGUUGUUCGAAGAGGCUGACUCUCAAGUGGUUUGCUGCACAGAAAGUUUAGGACCAGAAGAGGUCUUACGCCAGAAACUUGCUAACGCCUUGGGCGAAUCAUCAUCCAAUGUUCCAAAAAACUUAGGAGCCAUACCAAAGCAAAUAAAAAACCUCGCCCGCUCACGAGCUUCCUCCCAAAAGGAGAACAAAAUGAGAGAUUCUAGAAAAGAAAAAGAUGAAAAUCAAGCUGAAGAAAGAAUAUUGAUGGAUGCAGUGGAAGCUCAAGCUGCUUUGGUUCAAGGGUUAGAAUGUCUAUUCGCAGCCACCAACGCGAAUACUGUAGUGAUGCCGUCCACGAACAGGGAGGAGAGGCCGCGGAGCCACAGGCCGAGCAUCAGAGGUGACAGGGACAGUUUGCACAAAACUCGAAAACGUUCCAUAGAGGAAGUCGCACAAACAUCGACAAACACAUUACUUCCAACCUCGAUGCCUUUAUUAGCAGCUUUCUUGAACUCUAGAGUAGAAUUUACGCCUUGUUGUGUACCGGACACCCCUCCGCCCGCGCAAGCUGGACAUUCCACCGAAGACGGGCCACGCCUGAGGCCUUUGAUGGAUAGAAACCACAGAAAUAGAGUUAGGAAAAUCAAACGAUCAACGCGCCAGCGAAACAAUCCGGCACAACAGCAAAACAAUGCAGAUAAAAAGGAAAAACCAUCCACUUCGGAAAAUUCUAAUACAAAUAACGUUCAUUUUGCGACAUCCUUUGAAGAUACGACUGACGGAGCGAUACAUUGCUUUAUGGAUGAAUACGGCAACUGGAUGUCCUAUACUUUUGAUAAAAACAGCUGUGGUCGAGCCCAAGCACAACCCAUUCCGUUGCCAGAAAAAGAAGAUGUUCCAAGAACUAGCAAAGUGAAAGUCAUUGAAAAUCCCGAUAACUCGCACGAGACCGCUGGCGAAGGCAGCUGCGGUUCCCUAGAAUCGGAGGCCCCGAAUAGUGAAAGUAUAACAAAGACAAAAAGGGGUGAUAGUAUAGACCAAAGUUCUUCCAACCAAGGGAGCAACAAUCCAUUACUGUCGAGUAACAACAACGUAUCAGCCGUUGCUCCUAUCGGUGCGAAUAGUAUCAAUAAACGUUUUUACGUCUUCGAUGGAGGAACUGGCUCGCACUCUGAUCAGCCGAAAUCGCCAGUCGCCAUAGUGACUGAUAGUUUUUUAGAGCAAAUCGAGGCAGAACGACAGUCAAGGAUGGGACUCCCAAGCAUGCAUAUCAAUUUCUUAAUGAAUCAACAACGAGCGCAGCACCAGGCUCAACAGCAAGCUGAAAGUACAUCCAUACACAUGCCGAGCUUAAUGCCUUCGAUAGGUGAAGAGAGCUUGGAAAUAAACAUCAGGAGUAAAUUGUCCAAACUGAUGGACGACCUGGACAAAUCGAAUAAACCAAAAUCGAAAAGCUAUUACAAGUUCAAGCUUUCAAAGUGCCUAGAGGUUAAAGUUGCGAUGGAUAGAUUAAAACUGAUGGCUCUGUUCGACAGGAAUUUAACAUUUAAAGAGACGUUUGUUUCGAUAAUGCUAGCCAUUUCGGUUGCGGUAUUAGGUUCGAUGGUGCUAAAUUUAGGUUUCUACAGGGACAUUUACGCGUUUUGGUUCUGUUUCAUAAUGGCUGGGAGCCAGUAUUCAUUGCUCAAGAGUGUUCAACCGGAUUCGGCGUCACCAGUGCACGGAUUUAAUAAAAUGGUUGUGUUUUCGCGACCGGUCUAUUUUUGUUUAUGUACCGCCAUACUUUGCGUGGUGCAUGGCCAACUACAGGAAAUCACACCUCCAGAAGACUCAAGUAUACGUACCAAAAGAAGUGUAGAUGAAAGCAAACCCAUGACGAUAUACGGUUUCGAAUUAAACGAACGAGAUUUUUUAUAUGUGAUUCAAGAAAUACUAUCUAAGUUCCUAUUAUUUUUUCCUUUAGCAUUCAGUUUGGGGCUGUUUCCCCAAGUGAAUACGUUCCUGAUGUACUUAUUAGAGCAAAUAGAUAUGCAUGUUUUUGGGGGGAAUGCCACUAGUAGUUUAAGUGCGGCAGUGUACUGUGUUGUUCGGUCAUUGGCAGCCAUCGGAGUUUUAUACGGGUUCGCGUACAGUGGAUUGGUGGAAGGGAAGAAGUCUCAACAUCAAAAGCACAACAUCCUCUUUUCCAUAUUCUGUGGACUGCUAGUACCGAUAGCGUAUCAUUUAAGUCGAAGUGCGAGUGACUACACUCUGAUUUGGAAUUUAAUAAAGAAGCAUUUAUUACCACCUGAGCUUUAUGUCGUUCACACGCCUGAAUGUACACCAGAAUCUGAGAAAAACGAUCCAACCACUCUGACUGAAGAAAAGAAGAACAAUUCAGAGAGUAAUAUAUCGAAACAGAAUUCGAUUGGAAGUUCCGCAUCUAAGAUAAAUUUUAGUUCCGAAACAAACAUUGCUAGGAAUCAAAAAAGAUCUCAAGCAUCUAGUAUAAAUUCUUUAAAAAUGGAUCCCAGAGGUGAUACGAUGAAUUCUACAACGUCUCUCAAAGCUGAUCGUUCCGAAGCUCUAACGGAAGGUGAAGAUAAGAGUCGGGAUUCUAAUACAUUGAAUUCUAACACAAAUAAGCCUGAUAAUGAAAAACCUGAUGAGGAUAUGGAGGACCCUUUGCCGAAGAAGUUGCAAGCGACAGUCAACGCGAGGCUGAAGAACGAUGUAAUAGUCUGCACAUUUCUUGGUUUAUUCGUGUUUGGACUUCAUUGCACGACAGUCUUCACAACAUUGAGGCCGCAACUUAAUACGGUGCUAUGGAUAAUAGCGGGUAUCCUGGGAUGGGUACUCCACUACGUGACGCCUCAGCUUCGCAAGCAGCAGCCCUGGCUCUGCCUCGCCGGGCCCGUGUUCAAGCAACACGAGCAUGCGCAGUUUGAAGUCACUGAGCCGGCUAAACUUAUGAUUUUUGAGAAGAUAUUCGUGUACCUGUGUUUUCUGGAACGCAACGUGCUAUACCCAGCCGUGGUCAUCGCGGCCACGACGCAAGACGCGCCCGCCAUUGCGGCCAAAUAUGGCGACGCGGUCGGCGCGCUCAUCAUCUGCGUGUGCGCUUUGAAGUGUCUUAGGAAUGCAUACUCGGAACCGGACAGCCAGUAUCUGAUACUAGUGUUCGCGGUUCUGUUGUUCCAACGAGAUCUCAGCAGCCAGAAAGUGUCGGAGACUUUCCUUGUGGACUACUUCAUCACUGCCAUUAUAUUCAGCAAGGUUUAUGAAUUUCUGUUGAAGAUUCAAUUCGUAGUAACGUACAUAGCCCCGUGGCAGAUCACGUGGGGCAGUGCGUUUCACGCGUUCGCACAACCCUUCUCUGUCCCACACUCGGCCAUGCUCUUCUUACAAGCGGCCGUGUCUGCGCUCCUGUCUUCUCCCCUCACACCGGCGCUUGGCAGCGCCAUAUUCAUGACGUCAUACGUCCGUCCAGUCAAGUUUUGGGAGCGCGACUACAACACGAAACGGGUCGACCAGAGCAACACCAGGCUAUCUUCGCAACUGGAAAGGAACUUGGGGGCAGAUGACAACAAUCUGAACUCGAUAUUCUACGAGCAUCUAACUCGUUCGCUGCAACACUAUCUAUGCGGAGACUUGAUGCUGGGAAGGUGGGGGCAAGUGCAACAGGGGGACUGUUUUGUGUUAGCGUCGGACUAUCUCAACUGUCUGGUGCAUAUUGUGGAGAUGGGGAACGGGUUGGUGUCGUUCCAACUGCGAGGAUUGGAGUUCCGGGGGACGUAUUGCCAACAGAGGGAAGUGGAAGCCAUAUCCGAGGGCCCAGAGGAAAGUAGUGAGGGCGUUUGCGGGUCUCGCUGGCUGUGCGGAGGGCGGGUGCUGUCCCCGGGCGCGUGGUGGGCGCUGCGCUGGCUGGCGUGGCAGCUCGCGGCCGCGCGCUACGUGCUGGAGGGGUACUCCGUCACCGACAACAGCGCGGUCUCCAUGCUGCAGGUUUUCGAGUUCCGGAAGGUUCUACUCAGCUACUAUGUCAAGAGCAUAAUCUACUACACAAUACACUCGCCGAAACUAGAAGACUGGCUAUCAUCGCCCGAACUAGCCGAGGCACUCAAACCGAUGAGUGAGCGAUCAUUCGUCGAUUUGGACCCAAUUUUCAACGUUAAUCUUGACGAGGAUUAUGACUUUAGAGCGUCCGGAAUUACUAAGAGUAGGUUCUGCGCAAUAUAUCAGGAGUGGAUAGUGCACUGCAGCGCGCGGCGCGGGGGAGGCUGGCGCAGACGGGCCUCCGCGAGAGACUCUCCCCUUGUCACCCUUUGCUUUGCGCUCAGUCUGUUGGGACGGAGGGCAUUAGCGGCUGCUCAGCAUCUCUCCGCUUCCAGCGUGGAGUUCUUUCUAUAUGGUCUGCACGCACUGUUCAAAGGCGAUUUCCGCAUCACGUGCGCGCGUGACGAGUGGGUUUUUUCCGACGUUGCCCUUCUUCAUUCUGUGCUGGCGCCCGCAGUGCGAAUGGCACUUAAACUACACCAGGACCAUUUCAUGUUCCCCGAGGAAUAUUGCAGCAGUGCUGCUUUAUAUGGCGCCAUAUCGUCGCACGCGCAGAGACUCGUCAUAUGCCACGAGGCCGCGCCUGCCUGGCGAUACAACGUGCUACGCGGUGCGCCUCAUCUGCUCGCUUUCAGACACGUAAUGGACGAAGGCAACGACGACUACAAGAUAAUAAUGCUGAACAAGCGCCACCUUGGGUUCCGCGUGAUCAAGCUGAACCGUGAGUGCGUGCGCGGGCUGUGGGCGGGCCAGCAGCAGGAGCUGGUGUACCUGCGGAACAGGAACCCCGAGCGCGGCUCCAUACAGAACGCGAAGCAGGCUCUACGUAACAUAAUCAAUUCGUCGUGCGACCAACCGAUCGGGUACCCGAUCUACGUGUCGCCGCUCACCACGUCGUACGCCGACACGUCGCCGCAGCUGUGCUCGCUGGUGGGCGCGCCGCUCACUGUCAGCUCCAUACGGGACCAUCUUGUUGCUCUGUGGCGGAGGAUACGACGUCGUUGCGGCGAGGGUUGCUCGAGCGGUGCAUGCGAGGCCGCUACGGCGGAGGCGGGGCGCGCGCCUUCCAGAAAUGUUCCUCCCGCGGCCCCCACUAGGGGGUCCUUGGCCUCGCACGCGUCCCACGCCGCCUCCCUUGCUGGAACCCGCGGUAGCUUGUCGAGCGCAGGUAAACCGACUUCGUCUACACUCGCGUCCCUCGCUGGCUUGUUGAGGGAACAUUCACACGAGCGGUCUCAGGAAGAGCCGGUGUAUAUUACGUGUGCGGACGUGGCGGAGGCGGCGCGGCGGCGCGGCGACGAGCGCGGCGCGCGCCGCGACCGCAACCUGCGCGCGCGCACACAGCCGGGCAACCGAAGUCGCUUACGCCGUGACUCGCGCUUGCCGGCGUCGUUCCGGCUCCUGGCCGUGUCGGACACGCUCCGGCCGCCCGACCACGCCGACCCGAGGCACGGGGACGACGGACAGGGUUCUGCUGGGGGCUGGGAGUGCGGCUGGCGGGAACAGCCGCGACGCGCCGCUAGUGCUAAGGUGUCAGGCACCCGCGCGUCGCGGGACUCCCGCGGCUCGGGCUCCGGCUCGUCCCUGGAGGAGGCCGGCGCGAGCGGCCUGGACGUGUCGCUGCCGGACUGCAAGAUCAUCGCCAACAGGAACGCCAGGCAAGCUAGCUUCACCAGAUACUUCAUAAAUGAGGGUACAUCUAAAGAUCUGUCAAAGGUCACCAAGGAAAUACGUCACGAAAGAGAAAGCUACCGCGACCUUACAGGAAGGUACAUCGAGAAGCCUGAAGUCAUACCUCUGAAGGAAACGCACUACUCUGACAUUUCUAACAAAGAAUCUAUCUUAAAGAAAGAAACGAAAAAGGACCCUAAACCUAAGGAGAUAAAGACUAAAAUUAAACGAUCGGACUCAGGGAAAAGUGAAUUAAAAGUGAAUAUAAGUGUAGGUAGUAAAGUGUUGAUAGUUGAACCUUUGGGUGUCUAUGAUUGUAUAAACUUGGGGAGGCGGAUCGAUGUGCUGUGGCCUUCGGAAUACCAGAGAGAAAGAGGAGGGAGGAACUAUUGGGGCAGUUGGGUGCCUCAGGCUGGGAUGGAUGGAUUGGUGGUACACAAAUGGACGCCAAGCCACCGGGACCCAAAGUUGCGAUCUCAUGUGGACAAGAGCAUCCUGUUAUUGCAAAUCGACGACAGAUUCGUUCCCAUUGCGGAGAGCUGCGUGCAGGACCUCGGCGACGAAGUGUAGAUGCACCUUUACAUUUUAAACGCAUAAUAAUCCUUCCGACCAAAUUUCGGCCAUGCCGGCCAAUCUAUUUAGAGAUUAGCCAACUGCGUGGGAGAUAUAGUACACGUACGUGCGAAAAUACAGUUGCUCUCUCUCCCUCACUAUAGCCCGAUGGGACGGAAAUCCGACACGACCAGAGAGAGAUUAGACCAUGGACCAACGGCUUCGCGUACUCACUGAGCGAGGUAUAGGAUGCAAUCGCAUAUUACACUCACAGCGUCAUAGACAACAGAUUCGUUCCCAUUGCGGAGAGCUGCGUGCAGGACUUGAAGUGUAGAUUCGCCCUUCACAUUUUGAACGCAUAGUAAGCUCACGGCGUGAGACGACGCCGUAUAUGUUUAUUGACGAGCCGGCUUUACGGUUGCAGUGAAAAUAUGAAAACAACCAAUAAGAUCUCAUGCACAACUUAAAAGCUAUCGAAAAGCGUACUUUUAUCAGAAAUAUUUCGGUCGCACUCGCUCUGUGAAUGUUAGAAGAGUACGUCCGAUCCGGCAACAUUUGGGAACAGAAUGUAUGAUCAGCAGUGUUAACCUUAACAGACCAGCCUACUAAUUCGCUAACUCAGUGUCUGAAUUAUAGCCAUCCAGCUCAUUUGACAUUUAUUUUUAAUCCAUCAAAGGUUUUCUAUGAAUAAAUAUUUUAAUAUCACACAAUGAAGCAGCAAUGUAGAACCAACCAAUGUCAAAUGAGCUUGAUGGCUAUCAUUCAGUGUUAGACUGAAUUAGCCAAUCCCAAUUUCUUUAGACUGAUAAUUUCAUAAUGUGUGGCCGGCCAAACCAAAUUGAGAAUUGUGAUUUUAAUUCACUAUAAUAUAAAUUUAUACUAAAAUUAAGACUAAAGCUCGGACUAGACCAAAUACCUAUACUGUAAUAUUAUUGAUUAGUAAAAAAAAUAUGUUUUGGAUACAAAUUUUGUUGUACACUAAAUUUUAAUAAAAAAAAAUUAAAAGAUGGUUUUUAUUUUAGUUUUGUGUAGAACAGAAUUUAGUAUGGUUGAGUCAGGAUUAAAAACUCCUUAUGUAUUUAAUUGUUAGGAAAUAUUAUGGCCGGUUCUUGGCCUAUGUUGUGAUUUCGAAUUAUGUACUUUGAUUUCCUGAUGGAAUAAGAGUAAAAAAUAUUACAAUCAUGUAAAAUUAAAGUGUUUGUAAAAAAAUUCUUCCUUAUUAAUCUUGAGUUAUGGCUUGCUUGUUUAGAAAUUAAAAUCAUUUAAAUGUGGUGUUAAAGCAAAAAAAAAAAAAAUUGUGAGCUUAAUUAAAAUAAUC